AUGGAUGAAACGUCCGGCAAUGUCGUUGUCUCCGCCUCCCAGCAGCAGCAGGCAACAACUGGCAACGCUGGCGGUGAAGUACUGCCCCAUUGUCGCCUCAAUCAGCACCUGCGCUCGCACGACGACGAGAAGCUCUACAUGUGCGAAGUGUGCGGCAAGAUGCUGAAACAUCUGCGCAACUACAAGGAGCACAUAAUGAAGCACACGAAUGUGCAGCAACAUCAGUGUAACAUCUGUGAACGCUUCUAUCAUACCACCUCUAGCCUGGCGGCACACAUGCGCACCCAUACCGAGGACAAGCCGUACAACUUGUCCGUCAAAAAUAAAAAGGGAAGAGAGCUUAAAGAGCAGAGAGCGAAACACUUUUAGUGUGACCAGUUCACGGUUGUUCAAGAAUCUUUUGUAAUGAAAAAUACCAAAUUGGUAUAUUUCAAUACACCUCCUCAAAAGAUACUUUCAACAAUAAAAAAAUUAGUAUUACAAUAAUAUUCUUAUUCGGACAGU